AUGAAGACAAGGAAGUUUACAAACAAGGAAGUUUACAAGUAUGAAGACAAGGAAGUUUACAAGCAUGAAGACAAGGAAGUUUACAAGCAUGAAGACAAGGAAGUUUACAAGCAUGAGGACAAGGAAGUUUACAAGCAUGAAGACAAGGAAGUUUACAAGCAUGAAGACAAGGAAGUUUACAAGCAUGAAGACAAGGAGGUUUACAAGCAUGAAGACAAGGAGGUUUACAAGCAUGAAGACAAGGAAGUUUACAAGCAUGAAGACAAGGAGGUUUACAAGCAUGAAGACAAGGAGGUUUACAAGCAUGAAGACAAGGAGGUUUACAAGCAUGAAGACAAGGAGGUUUACAAGCAUGAAGACAAGGAAGCUUACAAGUAUGAAGACAAGGAAGUUUACAAGCAUGAAGACAAGGAGGUUUACAAGCAUGAAGGCAAGGAGGUUUACGAGCAUGAAGACAAGGAAGUUUACAAGCAUGAGGACAAGGAAGUUUACAAGCAUGAAGACAAGGAGGUUUACAAGCAUGAAGACAAGGAAGUUUACAAGCAUGAAGACAAGGAAGUUUACAAGCAUGAAGACAAGGAAGUUUACAAGCAUGAAGACAAGGAGGUUUACAAGCAUGAAGACAAGGAAGUUUACAAGCAUGAAGACAAGGGAGUUUACAAGCAUGAAGACAAGGAAGUUUACAAGCAUGAAGACAAGGGAGUUUACAAGCAUGAAGACAAGGAGGUUUACAAGCAUGAAGGCAAGGAAGUUUACAAGCAUGAAGGCAAGGAAGUUUACAAGCAUGAAGACAAGGAAAUUUACAAGCAUGAAGGCAAGGAAGUUUACAAGCAUGAAGGCAAGGAAGUUUACAAGCAUGAAGACAAGGAAGUUUACAAGCAUGAAGGCAAGGAAGUUUACAAGCAUGAAGACAAGGAAGUUUACAAGCAUGAAGGCAAGGAAGUUUACAGGCAUGAAGACAAGGAAGUUUACAGGCAUGAAGACAAGGAAGUUUACAAGCAUGAAGACAAGGAAGUUUACAAGCAUGAAGACAAGGAAGUUUACAAGCAUGAAGACAAGGAAGUUUACAAGCAUGAAGACGCAGGAAGUUCAAAUGAGGCCGGCGGUGGGCGGCGUGGAGACAAUGGCCACUCAUGGAUCAAAGGCCGCGGCCCUUAA